GCGGCCGAGGCUUCAGGCUCCGCCCCGCUUGGGAGACACAUGGCGGUGGGCGCUUCAGCUGGAGUGUGGAAGGAGACGUGUCCAGGAAGCGGAGGAUGGCGAGGAAGAAGCGGGAGAAGCUGAGCGUGGCCCGGGAGAUCGACGGCGUCGAGGAGCGACUGGAGUCCUGCAGGAACAGCCUGGAAGACGUGGACUACAAACUGCGCAAACAUGAGCUGUCAGAGGAGGGGAGGAAAUUGUUAGAGAAAGAGAAGAAUUCUCUCACCAACAAAAUGUCUAAUUAUGAGAAGGAGCUGAAAUCUCUACGUCACGAGAACCGUAAGAACGCGGCGGUGUCCUUCGGCCUCUUCUUCCUCGCAGCGCUGGUGUAUUAUUUCUGGACCGGGUGACCUGCGGCAGGGAUGGUGGAUGCCCUCCGCCUGCCUGCUGGAUCCAUCACUGUGAGG